UAUUUUAGAAUAGACGCGACGCGACGGUCAAGCUCGCACAAGAUUGGCUGCAAGAGGCGCGGCCCCACCUCUAUAUCCAUUUAAACUUUGGCGGCCUUUUGAAAGAUUGACAGAUGAUUAUCGUUCGUUCGUGGGAUGUCGUUAGUCACGGCGGUCACGGCGGCUUCGAGGUCUUGUCUAUCGUCAUGCGCUCCAAACAGUUGCUGCAUGUGGUCUUGAACGAUCUGACGCCAACUUCCAAACGCACUCGCCAUUGCUCGUUUCGUGUAAGCGGUAACGCUUCCACGGAGUUUAUUUUACCUUGUUUACCAUGGUUACCUUGGUUACCAUGUUUUUCUGAGGGCUUGCGGUGCGCGUCUUGUCCUCGCCAUUCACCGCACGGGCAAGCAGUUAAUUCAACGCACUGCCUUUUGCCCAUUCUCGAAAGGACAUGAGAAACGAUGCCUUAGUGCCCGCCCGAUUUCUCACGCUGUCCGCACACUUCGUGCUCCUAGUGACGUUGCUAUGGGCGCGCGAAGACAACAUCCGAGCCUGCCUGCCGUGGGGCUUCAGCGACGCCGACUACGCCAGGAAGGACACCGAGAUCGUCGUGGGACUUUCGCUGGCCAUCCUGUUGGUCGUCUUCGAGCUCGUCGGAUUCUUCUCCGGUAUCUCCAUGUUCUUUCCGAGUCAGGCGUUGCUCUCGAUCGCAGCGCACUGCGCGGCCAGCAUCGCGCUGGCGUACUACGUCGUCGAGAGCUGGGGAUGCGCGGGCUACUGGUGGAUCUUCGCGUUCUGCAGCGUACUGCCCGCGUUCGCCGAACUGUGUAUUGUGGUGGGCGUGCUCGUGCUAGGAAGGACUCCGUAGUAAACAAGAAAAACAACAACAACGUCGCAAUUCUUUUGUAUAUAUAUGUAUAUUGAACAAUAAACGCGGACGUAGCGUUGUUUAACCCCUUCGUUGUGCUGUCGCAUGUGUUAUGCAUGAAUUAACCCUCUGCGGUAGGUGCCUUCAUGCACCUUGUGCAUUUUUAGGGUCAUGGCAAUUGCUAUGCGGAGCGCAAGUUAUUUCGUCUGCUUCUUUUGCAGGGGUCAUGGUGACGUCAGAAAGACGCC